GGCCAUCUCCUGCUGUCGCGUGCGUCGCUCCCAUGAGAUCUCGUUCACUCACAGUGUCGCGGUGAACGAUCUCUCUUCCACUCCAUCCACCUCGAUCGGCAUCAGAGAAAACAGCGGCGAACGGAAGAGCAACCAAACAAACAAGCCACUCACUCAACACAAGACACAAAAGCAGCUGUCUGCCUGCCUGCGGCCCCCGCUGCCCCAGCCCGGUCAGUCAGUCAGUCAAGUCAGAAAACUCACUCAUCACUUGUUUACUUAUUGUUGAUCUCGACCUUGCCCGUGAGGUCGUACAUCUGUUUCUUCCACCCCGUCAGCUGAUCGGCCGCCUGCCUGGCCUCAAUCAUGAGCUGCUGAUGGUCCUUCUUGAGCGGGUUGAGCAGCCUGUGGCUUCGGAUGUGGUGGCCCACCUUCCAGCUCGCCGCGUACUGCUGCAUCCUCUCCCGCACCCGCACCGGCUCCAGGUAGAGCAGGUGCACCAGCAUGUAGAUGAGCGAAAACUCGGCGAACAGCUGCAGCGUCUCGGCGUUGUGGUCCGCCUCGCCCACCUGCUUGAACAGCUUCUCGAAAUAGUCGCCCCACAGAAACACGAUGUUCUCGCCCAGCGGAUUCGACCCCGCGCCGGGCGGCGCAAUGAGAAUCGGGCCGCCCAUCGCCGCGACACCGGUUAGGCCAACGCCGCCCUGGGCAGUGAGAUCACCAUGAGGUAGAUCUUGCUGCAGGCCGUCUGCUGUGCGUAGGGCGGCAGGUGUGGCGCUGUCGAUGCCGUGAAAUGAGGCCGAGAGGGGACGGGCUGAGGGGGGAGGGGUGGACAGCGACGUGAAGAAGCGGCAUGAAGCGCCUGCAGCACGGAGGCGGGGAACAGAGGAACGCAGCAGACGCUGCGACAACAUCGUCAUCCGCUUCACCUCCCG